AUGGAGGUGAGGUCCGAGCAAGGGCUAAUGGCGGGAAGGGAUCUGUUCGGCUUGCCCAAGAGCCAGCCGGCGCCGGCGUCGGCCGCGCCAGCAGCGCCGCCGUCCUCCGCAGCCAUGCAGAGCAUGCGCAUGGCGUACACCGCGGACGGCACGCCCGUGUUUGCCCCGGUGAGCUCUGCGGUCGCGCCGCCUGGUUACCAACCGGCAGGGUCUGCAGCACCAGCACAUGGCUCUAGCAUGUCCGCUGCUCGGGCCCCCGGAGGAAAUGGCGUCGCGGCGCCGCCGGGCAUGGGUGAACCGUCGGCGAAGAAGAAGCGCGGGCGGCCAAGGAAGUACGGGCCCGACGCGGCCAUGUCUCUGGCGCUGGUGACCGUGCCGACGGCCGCAGGCUCGCCAGCUGUGACACAGGGUGCUUCUGGGCGGCCCUUCUCACCCACGCUGCCGGGAAACUUCGUGCCGUCGGCGUCGCCGGAUGGAGGGAAGAAACGCGGCCGGCCCAAGGGAUCUACCAACAAGCCCCGCGUGGAUGGUGCUGGGCCGGCAGGAGUUGGAUUCACACCUCAUGUUCUUACAGUUCAAGCUGGAGAGGAUGUAUCGUCAAAGAUUAUGUCAUUUUCUCAGAAUGGGACUCGUGCAGUUUGUGUUCUCUCAGCAAAUGGUUCCAUAUCAAAUGUAACACUUCGUCAAACUGGUACAUCAGGUGGAACUGUAACAUAUGAGGGCCGAUUUGAGAUACUGUCACUCUCUGGGUCGAUCUUUGUAACGGACAACGGAGGCCAGCGUACCCGAACAGGGGGGCUCAGCGUUUCGCUGGCUGGUCCUGACGGUCGUCUCUUGGGUGGAGGGGUCGCAGGACUUCUCAUAGCAGCUUCUCCAAUCCAGAUAGUAGUGGGAAGCUUCAAUGCUUGUGGGAAAAAAGAGCCAAAGCCGCAGGCUCCUUCUGAGCCCGUACCACUGAAGGUCGUUCCGAGCACUGGGAUGGCGGCCAACAGCCCCCCUUCAAGAGGCACAUUGAGCGAAUCGUCCGGUGGUACCGCAAGCCCGAGACAUCAAGGCUACGCCUCCAACAACAAUAACCAGCCGCCGAUCUUGUCCAGCAUGCCCUGGAAAUGA